AUGGUUGCGGCACCGCGCGUCAUCGACCGCGACGACGAAGAGGAUGACAGCUUGCGCUCGUAUGAGCCUAUCGACCUGCUUCGAGAUGCUGGCAUUAAAACGACAGACAUCGCUAAGCUCAAGAACGGUGGCUUUGCAACCAUCGGCCAGCUCUUUCAAGUGUCCCACAAAAGGCUAUUAGACGUGAAGGGGAUCAGCGAAGCCAAGAGGGUCAAGCUUCUUCAUGCAGGCAAAAAGAUGAUGCCUGAGAAGAGCGGAUUUGUAUCGGCCAGCUCACUCUAUCAACAGAGUCAAAGCAGGAUAUUUAUCACCACUGGGUCACAGCAGCUUGACCAAAUCCUUGGAGGAGGUUUAGAAACAAUGUCUGUAACUGAGGUCCAUGGAGAGUUCCGAACAGGUAAAACCCAGUUGUGCCACACUGGAACAUUUCGACCGGACCCUGAGGACGUCCUUGAUAACAUCAUCGUGGCGAGGGCUCACAGCCACGACGCUCAGAUGGACCUCGUGGUCAAGCUAGGCGUUUUGUUCGCGGAUCCUGACCAGGGACCAUUUCGCCUACUGAUCAUCGACUCGGUAACUGCGUUAUUUCGUACGGAUUUCUCUGGGAGAGGCGAGCUUAGUGAAAGACAACAGCGGCUGAACCAGCAUCUUGCUCGGCUUGUAAAGCACGCAGAGGAAUUCAACAUCGCGGUUCUUGUGGUCAACCAAGUUAUGGCCGAUCCCGUAGCAAACGUUCUGUUUGGCUCAGAGAUGAAGCCUGUUGGUGGCCACGUGAUGUCGCACGGAGUUCACACGCGUGUGCUGAUGAAGAAAGGGCGGGCAGAGAAUCGUAUCUGCAAGGUCAUCGAUAGUCCGUGUAUGCCCGAAGCCGAGUGCUCUAUUCAGCUUUACGAAGGCGGGGUGACGGAUUCGGAUGAAUGA